CCGUUUCUCUUUUCCUUCUCAAAUUUCUUCUUCAGUCAACACUGUCUCACCUCUUCAGUCCUCUCCCACCCUCUUCUUUAAUCUCUCUACUCGCUGCUCCAAUGUAAGUCUGCGACGCUGCCUCUCUCUGUCCGAAGCUUGUGCUGCGCUUGAUGUCGGCGAUGGUUUGUGGUGGUGGUCGUGGAGACGAAGCUGAGUGACUCGAAAUCAUCGGCAAAAUCGUCUUGCCACGACGACGUGCUGGUGGUGGCGGUGGAGAUAGAAGUUGCGGGAGAGGGAGUCAUAAUUUGAGAGUAAAAGAAAAGGUGGAGUUAUUAGACUUAGAAUUUAAAAAGUUAGAGGAGAAUAUUUUUGAAAAUAAAUAUUAUUGAAGUUUCAAUUUUGUCGCCAAGAAUUUCAGUCUUGAAAUCAAUGUCGAUAUCUGUUUUUUCUGUGUGAGAUAAUCAAUUGAGUAGAUUUAUGUGAAUUUUGAGGUGAAGAUAGGUGCAAAGUGUGUUGAAAGAGAAAGAAUGGAGCCAGGCGAGACGCCAUCAGUUUCUACUAAUGCUAGUUGGUCAUGGACGGUGUGCCUUUUCAUAUCAGGUAUAGUUUUUGGUUCAUUCAUAUCAGGCAUCUUACUCAAUUUGAGACCCUUACUCAGCAGCAAGUUCCGGGCUCUGCUGGGUUACCAAGAUUCAGAUUCCAACAACAUCAAAGAUGAACCGUUGGGCGAGAAAGGCAGCUGGUUGAGCCAGGAAGAUUCAGCUUCUCUUCAUUCUCUGGAGUCAAUUUUCAACGUAGGCAGCUUCCUGAGCCAGCAGGAAGAUUCAACUUGCGAUCAUCCUCCCUACACAUUUGAUAUAACCGAGGGGAGUUCGUCUUCUCUGCGAGGUUAUAAAUAUGAUGUGUAUCUGAGUUUCAGAGGUGCUGAUACCUGCAGAACUUUCAUUGAUUAUCUUUACCAUCGUCUCAUGGAAGAAGGUAUCUUGGCCUUCAAAGACGAUGUGAAUUUAAACAGAGGAGAAAGCAUUUCAUCACAGCUCCUGCAAGCAAUUAAAGAUUCACGGAUUUCUAUCGUUGUGUUCUCAAGAGGUUACGCUAGCUCAACUUGGUGUUUGGACGAUCUGGCCGCUAUAGUUGACUGUCACAAAGAGAUGAAGCAGGAACUUCUCCCAGUUUUCUAUGAUGUAGAUCCACGUGAUGUUCGAUAUCAAAGUGGGGCAUACGAGGAUGCGUUUGAUUCGCAUAGGGAGAGAUUCAAAGAAGAGCCUGACAAGAUCUACAAAUGGAAGAGUGCUAUGACGUAUUUGGCCAAUUUAAGUGGUUUUGCUUUAAGAGAUCCCGCUGAAGCCGAAGGGAUUGAAAGAAUAGUUGAGGCCGUGCGGGACACACUGGUUUAUAAAUUCCAAAUUUCAAGAUCUACUCAUAAAAAUCCAGAAUCCACUGAAAGAAGACCAUCAUUGCAGGAAUCCAACAAAUAUGACGUGUUUCUCAGUCUCAGACGCACUCACACUCCCUACACAUUUAUUUACUACCUUUUCCAUUAUCUCACCAAGAAAGGAUUUUCCACCUUCAAGAGUGAAGAGGAGACUGAGAGAGGAGACUCCAUUCCUUCACAGGACCUCCAAGUAAUUAAAGAUUCCAGGAUUCUUAUAGUUGUCUUCACAAGAGAUUAUGCUGACUCAACUUGCUCUUUGGAGGAAGUGGCUACCAUAGUUGAUUGUCACCGGGAACUAAAUCAAACUGUCAUCCCAGUUUUCUGUGAUGUGCAUCCUAGGGAUGUUCAAAGACAAACCGGCCCUUAUGAGAAAGCGUUUGUUUCAUAUACGAAGGAAUUCAAACAAGAUCCCCUUAAGGUUCAAAAGUGGAGGGAAGCUUUGAAGUACAUGACUAAUCUACAAGGUGUGAGUCUAAAAGAUGGGUCAGAGAUUGAAGCGAUUGGAAAUAUCAUUCAGAUAGUGGAACGAUUAUGCCCUAAAUUCUCGAGGCUUAGUAGCCACAGUCCAGUUGGUAUACAAUCCAGUUUAGCCAUGCUAGAAAAGCUUUUGAAAUUAGAGGAUGAUUGUGUUUUAGUGCUCGGAAUAUGGGGCAUGGGUGGAUCUGGAAAGACAACCCAUGCUUUAGCUUUGUAUGACAGAAUCGUUCAGGAAUUUGAGGGUGCUUGUUUUAUCGAGGACGUAAGCCAGAUUUACAGUUUUGGUGGUGCAACUGCUUUGCAGAAACAAAUCCUCUCUCAAUUUUUAAAUGAAGAACUUUCAGAUAUGUACAGUCCUUUUGAAAUGUCUGGCUUCUUAAGAAGAAGGCUUUAUGGAAAAAAGAUCCUUAUAGUCCUUGACGAUGUUGAUGUGCCAAGGCUGUUGGAGUUAUUGGCUAUAAAUCGUAACAUGCUUGGGAACGGAAGUAGGAUUAUCAUAACCACCAGGGAUAGACAUAUUUUGACUGCAUACGGAGUAGAUGAAAUUUACGAGAUUCCAUUAUUGAAAAAAGAUGAAGCUCGUGAACUGUUCCUGAGUGCUUGUCCUGCUGUUACCAAUUAUGAGGGCUAUGCUGAGUUGAUUCCCAGAGUACUGGAAUAUGCUGGUGGUCUUCCGUUGGCAAUCAGAGUACUAGCUUCUUUUUUGCGAUCCCGUGAUGUAACCUUCUGGGAAGAUACCUUGGAUAGAUUGACAACAGUGCCAUCUUUUGAAAUUAUAAAGAUUCUUCAAAUAAGUUUUGAUGGAUUAGACCAAGAAGAGAAAGAAAUAUUUUUGCACAUUGCUUGUUUCUUUCAUGGGAAGAAACUAGAUUUUGUAAUGGAAGUUCUAAAUUGUUGUGGAUUUUUUGCUGGAAUUGGGAUUCAAGCUUUGAUGGACAAAUCACUCAUUAUAAAAAAUGAGGAGGAAAUUCAUAUGCAUGAUCUAUUGCAAGAAAUGGGAAAGGAAAUUGUUCGUCAAGAAUGUCCAGAAAAUCCAGCAUCGCGGAGUAGAUUGUGGCGUUACGAGGACUUUAGCUCUACCUUGGAGUCAAAGAAUGAAGCAAGCAAAGUUAAAGCCAUAGUUCUAUAUGAGGAUACCUCCAUCUCCAAACAUGAAGAUCUGAACAUCGAAGGAUUGUCAAAAAUGACAAAUCUUGAACUGCUCAUAUUAUAUAAUCAGCAUUUUUCGGGAAAGCUUACUUCUCUUCCCAACAAAUUACGGUAUCUUUUGUGGGACGGAUAUCCUUUCUCUUCUUUGCCUUCAUUAGAACCAUAUAACCGUCUUGUUCAAUUGAAUUUGCCUAACAGCCGCAUCAAACGGCUAUGGAAUGGCAGUCAGGUAUUUCGAAGUUUAGAAAGGGUGGAUUUGAGUUACUCAAAAGAGCUCAAGGAGACGCCAAAUUUUGAAGGGUGCCCAAGUCUUAAGCGGCUAGAUCUCACAGGAUGCACAAACCUAGUGCAAGUCCAUCCAUCUAUCGGACAUCUUAAAGAACUUGCUUACUUGAGUUUCCGUGACUGUGAUAAGUUGGUCACCCUCAAUCUUGAUCAUAAAUGCAAAUUAAGUUCUUUGAAGGUUCUUGACCUCUAUAGUUGCAAAAAUCUUAAGAACACACCAGAUUUUACAGGACUACCCAAUCUUGAGCACAUUGAUCUUGGAGAAUGUACAAGUUUAUCCACUGUUCAUGAUUCUAUUGGGACUCUUGUAAACCUUACGUUCUUAAAUGUGCCAGCCGACAUAGCUCUUCCUGAGUUAGGUGAUGUCAGAAUUAUUCGAACUCCAUAAGUUCCUAGUCGCGGAGAAAGAGUACUGUCUUCCUGGUAGAUAUACCAUUGAGAGGCUUUCCAGGCUAACGUAUCAAAACUUGAUGUGUUAUUGUGUGCUUACAAGAUUGCAUAAGCCCUCAUUUGGUCUUAAUUUGAUUGCAACUGGAUCAUGACAAGGCACUUGAAUCAUCGAAUGCAUGGUGAGCAAGAAUAGUUGAGGUGCAUACUGUCUGCCUUUCUCCUCUUAUCACAAUUUCUUUAUUAUAUUGUCUGUUUAUACCUUUGCAAGUCGCAGGUAUAUCACUUCCAUUGUGUUUGUGGUUGAGUUUUGACAUUGCAGUUCCUUUUUUGAGUGAAAUUCCAGCUCAGUGUUUCAAAUUGAGUUGAACUCUCAUUUCUGGAAGUAGUGGAUAUGUAGAAAUAGAAAAAAUGUUUCGAUAUUCCACCUUGAUUAGUGUUUUAGUGUUUUAUCUUUCCCGGUCAAUUUCUUUUGCGAGAGUACUUCAGAACCAUGAGUAGUUUCAAACUCUAGACUCCAAAGUUUGAUGGUGAAAUUAUUAUGUCCUAUCAAAGAUUUUCCUCCGUUAAGAUAACAUAUUCCAAGAGUAAUAGCCUAAUAACCAUUUGUCUGCGUCCACACAAAUUUGAAGAGGAAGAGCUUAAUGAGUAUCUGAUGGCGGAACUUGGGAUUCAAUAGAGAGAGAAACAGAUGAAGAACCAAGAGAUGUGAAAGGGAAAGAGGGAACAGAGGAGUGAAGUGUGGUGCUUUACUUGCACACAACUCACACACAAUCAUGCUACACUGCGCUAUGAAUUAAGGCUCUUUUAACCAUACAGGGAAUCCAGUUGAGUCUGGUGUGGCUGCUUCAGGGGUGCUUGCCUUCUUGGGAGUUCUUAUUAUAGCUGUUCUUCUUGAAGGCCCUUGUUUGUGUUUUGUACUCUCUAGAAUCUCUUUUGGCACCAUGACUAGAAAGAAUGGAAUUUUAGGGACAGGAAUUUGUUUUGAGAACACUUUUUGUAUACAUACUAGAUUAUUUCUGAAUUUGUAAUUUCUAUUUAAA